AACUCUGCUCCAUCCACAUGUCAAAUGAUAGAACUACAGGAAUAAACAGCAUUUAAAAUCCACACAGUAGAUAAUAGAGAAUAUGUUGUGGACAAGUUAGAUUCUGACUGUUAACAAUCUGGACUUCAUCUCUUUUUUACUCAGAUAUAUGAACUAAGGGAGAAGAAGAAGAAGCUGAAGAAAGAGAUGGAGACAAGAAACAAAGAGCUGGAGACCAGAAACAAAGAGAUGGAGGAGAUAAAAGAUGAGUAUCUAGAGCCUGACAACUAUCAGACGACAGUGAAGGAGGAGAACAGCAGCAGCUCAGACAGUCAGGAGACGUUAAGAGACGUCACUGUGGUGGUUAAUGACAACUACAAGUUUAUCUGUCUGAGAAACACGUCUGAUCAGGACAAAUCACUGGAAGGACGUCAGUUAAAAGUCCAGAUCAACGAUAGUGAACCCAUCACAUACACAUUUGAUUCAUCAAUGGAACUCAAGGCUGGAAAGAUUCUUACUAUAUGCCCUUCAGACUAUGACGAGAGUUUUGGUGUACCUUGUGACCUGGUGUGGAAGUUCCUGGAGCCCUGGAAGUCUGGAGACAGAGUCCAGGUCUCUCUGCAGUGAAAUAGUUCCCAGUUGAACUCCUUCAAUAAAGUUCAGUAAUCCAGCAAACAGCAACAUUAUAGAUGAGAAACAGCACGACUCAGAUCU